AUGCUUCACAGGAGGAUCAGACCGUCCCUUCAGCCUCUGCACAGGCCGCUCUGUGUUUUGGUUUUUCAUCUUCUCCUGACGCACAUUUGCACAGGUCAGUCUCUUUUAAAAGGUCCACCUCAGCCAAUAGUAGCAACAGUUGGCGGUGACGUCAUCUUGCCGUGUCACCUGGAGCCUGCGGCGGACGUUGCUGCGAUGACGUUGGAGUGGACGAGACCUGACCUGAACUCCAUAUUUGUGCUUGCGUGGCGUGCCGGUCAGGACCUCACAAACGCCAAACAUCCGGUUUACGACGGACGGACGUCACUGUUCGCUGAUGAACUGAGGAGAGGAAACGUUUCACUCAAACUCUCUGAUGUGAGACCUUCUGAUGCCGGAAAAUACAAAUGCUUCAUCCCAAAACUGUGGAAAGACGCUUUCGUUCAGCUUGUUGUUGGAGCCGUCUCCUCGCCCGUCAUCACUUUAGCUGGACUCGACAAAAAAGUCGGGGGAGUGAUGUUAGACUGUGAGUCUGCAGGCUGGUAUCCAGAGCCUGAGGUGUCGUGGCUGGACGGUGAGGGACACGUCCUCUCUGCUGGACCUACAGAGACAGUCAGAGGUCCUGAUGACCUCUAUACUGUCAGCAGCAGAGUGACUGUGGACAAGAGACACAGCAACAGCUUCACCUGCAGAGUCCAACAGAACCACAUCAACCAGACCAGAGAGACACACACGUCCAGGUCCCAGGUAGAAACACGAAAUAUAGAUGUUUGGAUGGACAAUCAGCAGAGGUUCAGUUUUCUAUAA